AUGGCGCCGCUUGCCGCUGGUGACCUUUUCCAGGGGAAGAAGUCGUGGGGUCGCCCCCCGAGCCUCCAGGAGCGCUGCUCUGCACGGCCAGUAUCGACAGGGGGGCAGGAAAGGCCGGUAGAGCUGGGGGCGCGGGGCCCCCCCACUAGGGGCGACCACUAUACAGCGUAUAGGAAACACAGGCAGUACAGGGGCCCGGCAAGGCACUCCCAGCGUCCCGCACGAGGUUUUCGCACGCGGUGCCCACCUCCGGGGAGAUGUCGCCGGGGAACUGGUGCAGGGUCGUCAGGAACCGCCGGGCCUCGGGAGGAACUCAGCUGUGAUACGCCCUCUCUACCCGUCGGCUCCCUGGCUUUUGCGCUCAAAUACCUGAAGAAACAAACCCAGAGAACGCCCCCUUGGGGAUCUGGGGACGCCAACGGGUCCUACUCGCCUCACAGCACAGUCAACGGGACGCCCACGCCCUCGCCGCCAGCGCUGUCUUCGCCCCCCACGCACGCCCUCGACGCUUCCGCCGCGGCAGGAGCGGGCGCAAGGGACACGCACCGCCAGAUCUCCAAGGUCCGGCGGUUCCUGACGACCCUGCACCAGUUCGCGGCCGACAUCUCGCGAGUGGGCGACCGCGUGCGCCACCUCGUGCUGGGACUGCUGGUGAGUGCCUCCUCGUUCGAGGAGUUCCACGGAGGCCUGCAGGAAGUCACGCAUUUCCCUCUUCGCCCGUUUGUGCUGCCGUUCCUGCGCUCGCACCUGCCCCUCCUGCAGCGCGAGCUCCAGAGCCUGGCUCGGCGGGCGUCCAUGCCCGUGUCGCAGUACGUGGCCGUGCACGAGGCAGCGCUCCUGGAGGCUGCGGCGGGCGAGCCCACCGACUUCUUCUCCUCGGAGGUCACCAGCGGCAAGCGGCGCCAUGAAGGGUACUUCGAGAAUGGCGACAGUGGCGGCGGCAGCGGCGGCAGCGUGUCCCCGCCGCCCGCCAAGCGCCUGGGCAUCUUCUCGCCGCCGUACCCGAGCGUGGGCAUCAGCCCCGACCUGCCCGCGCAUGCCAGGGACUACCGCACGCCCGCGCCCCCGCCGGACGACGAGUGGAAGAACAUUCAUGUGAUGCUGACCUGCAUUCUGAGCAUGGUUGAGAAGACGCGGCGAGCGCUGACGAUGCUGCAGCAGAAGGAGGACCGCGACGGGGCCGACCUCCGCCAGAGGGCCGACUACGACGCCGAAGUGCGGCGUCACGCGGCGGAGCUGGUGGCGCAGUCCAUCCGCACGACGGAGGAGCGCGUCUCCGAGGUCAAGCGGAAGGCAGAGGAAGCCGUGUCCGAGGUCCGGCGCGCGGCAGUGGCCGAAGUGCAACGAGCGGUGGGCGCGGCGGAGGCGCGGGCGCAGGAAUUAGUGGCGGCAGAGAGGGCAAAGGUCGAGGCCUUGCUGCGGGAGGUCGGGCGGCGGGACCCCUCGGAGCCUCGGACGGAACCCCAGCAGGCGUGCUGGAACUGCGGCAGGAAGGCCCAUGAGACCUGCAGUGGGUGCAACGUGGCCAGAUACUGUGGACCCUUCUGCCAGCACAAGGACUGGGACUCGCACCACAAGGUCUGCUCGCCCGCGCUAGCCUCAACGUCAACCUCUUCCUCAAUAUCUUCGUCGUCGACUUCGUCAUCCACCGCCAUCAUUGCAGCCCUUGCUUCGAAAAACAAGUUCAGCAAAGGCGCGGAGGCGGCGAAGACCGAGUGACGUAUGGCCGAGUCAUCACUGAGGAGGAGAUUUCGAAGAAAGACGAGGAUCUUUUAAAUUCUUGUC